AUGGUGGAACUGCAUCUAUCAGUGGUACCUGUUGCUUAUUGCUUGAUAAUGAUCAUUGGUGUUAUUGGCAAUGCAGCAGUUCUCAUUGUUUUUGCACUCAAUCGAUCGCUUCAUAAUAGUAGCGAUGGAGAAAGUGACGAAUUUUUCAGUACCAACACAUUGAUAACGAAUCUCGCAUUUGCGGACUUGAUGUUUCUGAUGUUUUGCGUACCAUUCACUGUGUACAGUUACGCUAAACCAUGGCCGUUUCCCGACGUGUUUUGCUACUUAACAAUUUAUAUGCAAUAUGUCACUGCUUAUGCGUCUGUAUGGACUCUUGUUAUUCUUGCUCUGGAUCGUUUUCUUUCGAUCGAAUUAAAUUUCCAGGCUGUUGUAUGCCCAAUAAGUGCAAUGCAACUCCGGAACAUGCGCAACGUUAUUCGCGCAUGUUCAUUGAUGUGGAUCUUGAAUUUGAUCUGCAAUUUAACAACACUGAGAAACGGUGGCGUUUUCAAGUAUGAAUUUGAGGGCAAACACUUGGGUACGUGUGUUGAUUCAAUUGCGAUUGCACUCACAUCAGCGACUAAGACUGAAGCAAUAAUAUUCUUCGUUGGUUUUAAUAUCGGCGCUUAUGUGAUGCCGUUAAGCAUUAUCUGCGUUCUCUAUGUGAUGAUGGUACGAAGUUUAUGGAGGAGUAAAGAGGGAUUUAGGAUAUCUAAAGAGGCGUUCAAAUUAAGACGUCGAAUAACAAAACUUGUUUGGGUGAUUAUUCUGACGUUCGCAAUUUGCUGGUUACCUCAGAACGUUCGAUUCGCUCUGAAAGCAUUCUAUUAUCCCGAACCAAUUUUUUGGGAAACCGAAGAGAGUAAUUUAUUCUUCGCUAUACAAACUUCCAUUCAAUUUCUCGCAUACGCCAAUAGAUUGGAUGGAACAGAUGACGGUGUUCGAAGACAUGUUUCAAAUAGCAUCAUAAUUAGCAAGAAGAUUAGUAAAAACCAUUAUUAUAGUUGUGUGAAUCCAAUAUUAUACGGUGCAAUGUCAGAAAGAUUUCGGGAUGCCUUUCGACAAUUAUGCCAUUGCAAACAAACUGAUUUAUUCGCAGAAGAGAGUCAUCUGUCACUGUAUAUAUCGGACGCGAGUGCCUCGGUUGGACGAAGUGGCUAA